AUGGCUGCAGGAGACAUCGGCGAGCUGCUGGUGCCCCACAUGCCCACGAUCCGCGUGCCCAGGUCUGGGGACAGGGUCUACAAGAACGAGUGCGCCUUCUCCUACGACUCCCCAAAUUCUGAAGGUGGACUCUAUGUAUGCAUGAAUACAUUUUUGGCCUUUGGAAGGGAGCAUGUUGAAAGACAUUUUCGAAAAACUGGUCAGAGCGUAUACAUGCACCUGAAAAGACACGUGCGAGAGAAAGUAAGAGGGGCCUCUGGUGGAGCUUUACCAAAAAGGAGGAAUUCCAAGAUUUUUUUAGAUCUAGAUACUGAUGAUGAUUUAAAUAGCGAUGAUUAUGAAUACGAAGACGAAGCCAAGCUUGUUAUAUUCCCGGACCACUAUGAAAUAGCGCUGCCCAACAUCGAGGAGCUGCCAGCCCUGGUAACAAUUGCUUGUGAUGCAGUUCUCAGCUCAAAGUCUCCGUACAGGAAGCAGGACCCAGACACAUGGGAAAGUGAACUGCCAGUGUCUAAAUAUGCCAAUAACCUCACGCAGCUGGACAGUGGGGUCCGGAUUCCUCCAAGUGGUUGGAAGUGUGCCAGAUGUGACCUCCGGGAAAAUCUCUGGUUGAAUCUGACCGAUGGCUCUGUGCUGUGUGGAAAGUGGUUCUUCGACAGCUCUGGGGGCAAUGGGCACGCGCUGGAGCAUUACAGAGACACCGGCUACCCUCUGGCUGUGAAACUGGGAACCAUCACUCCUGAUGGGGCAGAUGUUUAUUCUUUUCAAGAAGAGGAACCUGUUCUGGAUCCUCAUUUGGCCAAGCACUUGGCACAUUUUGGAAUUGAUAUGCUUCACAUGCACGGGACAGAGAACGGGCUCUGGGACAAUGACCUCAAGCCCAGGGUCAGCGAGUGGGAAGUGAUCCAGGAGUCGGGGACGAAGCUGAAGCCCAUGUACGGGCCUGGGUACACGGGUCUGAAGAACCUGGGCAACAGCUGCUACCUGAGCUCCGUCAUGCAGGCCAUCUUCAGCAUCCCGGAGUUCCAGAGAGCGUAUGUGGGAAACCUUCCAAGAAUAUUUGACUACUCACCCUUAGAUCCAACACAAGAUUUCAACACACAGAUGACUAAGUUAGGACAUGGUCUUCUCUCAGGCCAGUAUUCAAAGCCUCCGGUGAAAUCUGAGCUCAUUGAACAGGUGAUGAAGGAGGAGCACAAGCCUCAGCAAAAUGGGAUCUCUCCACGCAUGUUUAAGGCCUUCGUAAGCAAGAGCCACCCGGAGUUCUCUUCCAAUCGACAACAAGACGCGCAGGAAUUUUUCCUGCACCUGGUGAAUCUAGUAGAGAGGAACCGCAUCGGCUCAGAAAACCCAAGUGAUGUUUUUCGCUUUUUGGUGGAAGAACGUAUUCAGUGCUGUCAGACCAGAAAAGUCCGCUAUACCGAGAGGGUGGAUUACCUGAUGCAGUUGCCUGUGGCCAUGGAGGCAGCGACCAAUAAGGAUGAACUGAUCGCCUAUGAAUUGACGAGAAGGGAUGCAGAAGCAAACAGAAGACCCCUUCCUGAGUUGGUUCGAGCCAAGAUACCAUUUAGUGCCUGCCUUCAGGCCUUUUCUGAACCAGAAAAUGUUGAUGAUUUCUGGAGCAGCGCCCUACAGGCAAAGUCUGCAGGCGUGAAAACAUCUCGCUUUGCCUCAUUCCCUGAGUACUUGGUAGUGCAGAUAAAGAAGUUCACUUUUGGUCUUGACUGGGUUCCCAAAAAAUUUGAUGUUUCUAUUGAUAUGCCAGACCUACUUGAUAUCAACCAUCUCCGAGCCAGGGGGUUACAGCCAGGAGAGGAGGAACUUCCAGACAUCAGCCCCCCUAUAGUCAUUCCUGAUGACUCAAAAGAUCGCCUGAUGAACCAAUUGAUAGACCCGUCAGACGUCGAUGAGUCCUCAGUGAUGCAGCUGGCCGAGAUGGGCUUCCCUCUGGAAGCGUGUCGGAAGGCUGUGUACUUCACAGGAAACAUGGGCGCCGAGGUGGCCUUCAACUGGAUCAUUGUGCACAUGGAAGAGCCAGAUUUUGCUGAACCAUUGACCAUGCCUGGUUAUGGAGGAGCAGCUUCUGCUGGAGCUUCAUUUUUUGGUGCUACUGGAUUGGAUAACCAGCCUCCAGAGGAAAUUGUAGCUAUCAUCACCUCCAUGGGAUUCCAGCGAAAUCAGGCCAUUCAGGCACUACGGGCAACGAAUCAUAACCUGGAAAGAGCGCUGGAUUGGAUCUUCAGCCACCCUGAGUUUGAAGAGGACAGUGACUUUGUGAUCGAGAUGGAAAAUAAUGCCAAUGCAAACAUUAUUUCUGAGGCCAAGCCUGAAGGACCUAGAGUCAAAGAUGGGUCUGGAAUGUAUGAAUUAUUUGCGUUCAUCAGUCACAUGGGAACAUCUACAAUGAGUGGCCAUUAUGUUUGCCAUAUCAAGAAGGAAGGGAGAUGGGUGAUCUACAAUGACCACAAAGUUUGUGCCUCCGAAAGGCCCCCUAAAGACCUGGGCUACAUGUACUUUUACCACAGAAUACCAAGCUAAGCCCCCCACAUCCAAAUCGGCGAAAGGAAGCCAUACACCAUUUUAAUUUGCCAAAAAAAAAAAAA